CGGAGGGUAGGGACACUCUGGCCCGGCUCUCUGUGGUGCAGGAGUAGCGGCCGCUCUGGUCGGCGGACGUGCUGCCGAGCGGCCCCGGAAGCGAAGCAGCGAUGGCGGAGAGUCCGACUGAGGAGGCAGCGACGGCGGGUGCCGGGGCGACAGGCCCCGGAGCGAGCGGCGUCGCUGGUGUGGUCGGCGUGAGCGGCAGCGGCGGCGGGUUCGGGCCCCCUUUCCUGCCGGAUCCCUCGGCCGCUGCCCACGGGGCCGCGCUGCUUAGCCACUGGGAUCCCACGCUCAGCUCCGACUGGGACGGCGAGAGAACCGCGCCGCAGUGUCUGCUCCGGAUCAAGCGGGAUAUCAUGUCCAUUUAUAAGGAGCCUCCUCCAGGAAUGUUCGUUGUGCCUGAUACUGUUGACAUGACUAAGAUUCAUGCAUUGAUCACAGGCCCAUUUGACACACCUUAUGAAGGAGGUUUCUUCCUGUUCGUGUUUCGGUGUCCACCUGACUAUCCCAUCCACCCACCUCGGGUCAAACUAAUGACAACUGGCAAUAACACAGUGAGGUUUAACCCCAACUUCUACCGCAAUGGGAAAGUCUGCUUGAGUAUUCUAGGUACAUGGACUGGCCCAGCCUGGAGUCCUGCCCAGAGCAUCUCUUCUGUGCUCAUCUCCAUCCAGUCCCUGAUGACUGAGAACCCCUACCACAAUGAACCUGGUUUUGAACAGGAAAGACAUCCAGGAGACAGCAAAAACUACAAUGAAUGUAUCCGGCAUGAGACCAUCAGAGUUGCAGUCUGUGAUAUGAUGGAAGGAAAAUGUCCCUGCCCUGAGCCCCUACGAGGGGUGAUGGAAAAGUCCUUCCUGGAAUAUUAUGACUUCUAUGAGGUAGCUUGCAAAGAUCGCCUGCACCUCCAAGGCCAGACUAUGCAGGACCCUUUUGGAGAGAAGCGAGGCCACUUUGACUACCAGUCCCUCCUGAUGCGGCUGGGACUGAUUCGUCAGAAAGUGCUGGAGAGGCUCCACAAUGAGAACGCUGAAAUGGACUCUGAUAGCAGCUCAUCUGGGACAGAGACAGACCUGCACGGGAGCCUGAGGGUUUAGACCCCACCCCCCUCUUCCCUUCCCCAACUUGAGAGUCCCAGCAGAGUCCCUUUCCCCACCCCAGGAAUGGAGAGGCACACCGUGUAUCUCCCUCCAAACGUGACGUCAUCUUGCAAGAUGGCAAGAAAUGAGCAAGCUCAGAUCCCAGAGUGUGGGAAUGGGGGGGUUCCCAGUCUGACCUCCUUGAUGCUGGAGCACCUGGGGCUGUGUUCAUCCUGAAUCAGGGCCAAGGUACCUUUAUAGGAGCACUCGGGGUAAAGGCCUCUGGCAAAACAGAACAACCAUCACACCUCUCCGCAGGGCCAGCUCCUUAAGGAGAGAAGACAAAUUGCAGUUCCAAGAGGGAGUGUGCCCAAGUGACUUAUGGGGGUAUCUGGAAGGGAACUUGGGGUGGGGGCUGUCUUGUGACAUUUAAGCCGUCUGGGUGUUUCUGUUCAUAUUCAAUCUUGAAGCAGGGCUCCCCAAUGCCCUUUUCGUCCCUCUCUCCCCUCCCAUGUUAUUUCCCACAGGCCAGCAUAAUUUUGUUUUUCCUAAUUUAUAGUCACUGUUCUAGACAGACCAAAGAGAAGGAACAGUGGUGGAGUCUAGGCUGCUGAUCAGUAAGCUUUACCUAGCACCUGAGCACCUUUUUCCCCUCCCUCCAUCUCCUCCAUUUUAGGUUUCAGACACAAGGUAAUAUAGGCCUGGGACUAACCCAGGUCUUGGUGAAGCCUACCCAGGCACCGUAAGAAGCCUGAAAGUACUGUCUGUUCCCACAAUCACUGAUUUGAAAAGUUCCUGACGCAGGCCGGUGCAGUGUGUACGGUAUUAGAGCCACUACAUAGAAUAGUCCUUACAGAUUUUCAUGAGUACUAGUCAAUGAGGGUAUUUCUCUUGAGGGUGGGAUACAGGGGGGAGACUGAUGCUAGUCUUUGUUGUAAUUUGUUUGGCUGUCCUUGUGUAUUUUCACCCCAGCCGAUAGUCCUCCUCCUCACUUCACCCCUGGGGAUUUGUGGGAAGCAAUGGUAGCCAGUGGCAGAAGGGGAUUGGAGCUAGGACUACUCCCUGAUCCCCUCCCGGCUGCUCUUUGUCACUGGCUCUGAUUGGGUGUUUGCCUGGCUGUGUUGCUUCUGUGUUUAGCUGCAGUGAUGCUUUAGUUGGUUGGCUCAGAAAAAUGUGCUUCAGAUGCCCUGUAACUUGGACACCAAGGGAGUCCAUCCUUCCUGUUUGAUUUGUUCUCCCCCAAACUUGCAGAUUCUUACCAUUGGGAUGCCCAGUAGGGAACGGUGAUCCAUGUGGUGCAGGGCUUUAUUCCAUCAAGACACACAGAAGGGAGAGUAUGAUGCCUCCCUGCCUUGCUUACCUGAAGGUCUCUGCCAUAUGGAUCAUGGGGAUGCUGGGGAAAUAAGAAGGAGAUAGGGCACAAAGGCGCCAUCCUACUUGAGAGGGCAGGAAGCAAAGGAAGUAGACAGAGUGUGGUGUGCUUGGGGAACUUAAGUUUAUCUUGGAUAUCUGAAGCCUGAGUUUGUUCACGUAGAGACUCAAAAAGGGACCCUGCUUCCAAUUUCCCUCUUCCAUUCCCAGAGCUAGUCCAGGGCCGAGAAGAAUGCCCUUGGUCUGUGGGUCCAGUAUUGUCUGUCAUCCACUUAAGUGUUCCCACUUUCAAGUGACAAUCUUCUCCUUGGCCCUGCCAUGGGGCAGAGCAUGUCUGGCAUAGCAGCCUGACUUUUAUGCCCUAAUCUUAAGUUGAGAAAAUAUAUGCACAGGAGUCAAAGAGAUGUCUUUAUAUCUGACUGUACAUAAAUGAAGUUUUUUUUUUCUUUUUGGUGCAAUAAAGUUUGUUUUGGCAGAA